UUCAAUAUCCGAUCGUCACACUCAAGCUGUUUUUGCAAGCAAACACUUGGUUUUUUUUUACUCUUUCUCUUUAUGUCCGAGCAACCAGAAACAAAGAGAAGAAGACUUACUUUAGCGUGUAAUGUCUGCCGAGCAAAAAAGGAUCAAAUGCGAUGGGAUAAAACCAGCUUGUGGCAAAUGUAUCAAAUUUAAUAAAGAAUGUACAUAUACUUCAGUCAUUAGAAAAAGAGGACCAAAACAAGGACAUAUUGACCUGCUAGAGCAGCGCUUAAAGAAAAUGGAAGAACUCAUUUCAGGCACACGGCUUAUACCUGAUAUGACACAGCAACAACAACCUUCUAUUCAACCACAAACUAUUCAACAGCCACUACCAAUAACACCAACACCAAAAAUAACACCACCAACAAUAGCACCACCAAUAACAGCACCACCAGCAGCACCAGCGCCACAGUUCUCUUAUUUCAACUCUACCUCACCACCCCAAACAGAGAAUACAUGGCCUGAUUCAGAUACAAUAGACCAUCUUGUACCGCUCUUUUUCAAGCAUCUCGAGGUGUUCUCGCCCUUUGCAAAUCCAACAGGAUUAAUGCAAUCUAUAAAAAACAAGACUUGCAAAAAAUUCUUACUUUGGUCUAUCUUGAGUGUCGCAGCAAGAUUCUCAAAUAGAUUAACAAAUGUUGGAUCCCCUCGGUGGAUGUCUGGCGAGAAAUUCUCUGAUGAAGCAAGAAAGUUAAUACCAGAAGUGAUUGAAGCACCUUGCUUAGAGCAUCUUCAGGGCCUUUUAAUCAUGGCUCUUCAUGAAUAUGGAUGUGCCCGAGGCCCCCGUUUAUGGACAUACAGUGGUUUGGCUAUUCGAAUGGCAUUGGAAUUAGAUCUUCAUAAAGAACCUAUGGCUGAACAAGAAGAUAAAUUGAUGAGUAUGGAUAAUUGGCUUUGGUAUGAGACACAGCGUAGGACAUUUUGGCGUACAUUUAUCGAGGAUAAAGUGACCAGUGCAACCACAGGCAGACCACAAAUGAUGGAUGUAGGAGAUGUGAGUACACUCUUGCCUGUCUGGAAUAGUGCGCUUGAUUUCAAUAGCAUAAAUGAAUUCUAUCAACAGUCGCUGGAUGGCUCUGAAUUGAUCUGUUAUCGAGUUGUACGCGAUCCACAUACAAGAGACAUCAAAGGAAUUUUAGUGACACCUAUUGACAUGUCUAUACCAGCCAAUAUGCCUUUGUUGAGCCACAUUGGACUUGAUUCCCGCUUUAUAGAGCUGUUUGUCAUCGCAGGCAAAAUAUCACAGUUCAUCAACCGAGGCUAUAAAGACGAUGCCUCCUCUUCUUCUGUAAUAGAAUCAACGGAAAUCGAGAACCUGAAUGAGAGAUUGGACGAUUGGGUUGCUCGACUGCCCUUGUCACUCAGAAAUACACCUGCCAAUUUGGAGCAUUUUCGAAACGAAACAUCCCAUAAGGCAACACAAUUUGUGGUAUCGCAUGUUUUACAUAACGCACUGAUUGUCUUGCUGAACCGGCCAUCGCUUGUACUGGCAGACAUGCCUCAGCUGAAUACCACUUCUUCUCGUAUACAAGAGAAAAUACACCAAUCUGUAGACCGUUGUUUAGCUGCUGCUGAUAAUGUCACUGUGAUGUUAAAGGAUCUCUAUUCGAAGGUAGACAUUGUGCCUCCUUUGGUCAUCUAUUUUGUCUAUAUUACAGCUACCGUCAUGGUCAAUAAUGCAUUCUCCACGAAUCCUACUCAUUGUCAAAAAGCAGAAAGGGCGCUAGAUGAGUUUUAUCAAUUUUUUAAUGAUAUGAAGACAUUCUGGGCUAUGACAGACAAACUGUAUUUCCUGAUUCGCGAUUUAUAUGCUGUCCACAAAAAAGCAUUUUCAACACAUAAACAUAGCCAGCUUAUAGGCGACGGCGAUGAACGCUUCAGACUCAAGUCUCCUCUGGCGGACAUGUCUUCAUCUACUAGUGACUAUGCUACUGAACUCGAUUGGCAAAAACAAGGUACACAAGAACCAGGAGCAUUUAGCUUUCCAAAAGUUAAUAGUACAAACCUCUCUCCUUUUGAUGUUUGGUUACAGGAACAGCAAUUAGCACAAAAGAAGCAAUAAAAUCUUUGUUUUUACUUGAAUACAUAAGCUCAUAUGCAAUGUACUUAUUCAUGCAGUGAGAAUGGUAAGCGCUGUUACUUUACGAAAACAAAAUUCAAUUUGCCAAAAACAACUGCCUUUCGACAAGAAGCAUGAUCGAAAAUCAAGAUUCAUUUAAUAAGGUAUGGUAUACCUUGAAUGUUCAAUUUCUAUUACCAAUGAAUGGAGAAUCGAAAAUGAAGUAGCAAGCUCGAUCUGAGGCAUUGGAGAUCUCUGG